UUGCCUGACGCUUGCAAGUGCCACAGCUGCUAUCUAUAGUACAACUCUAUUUUCAGACCAUGCAGACAGGACGCAAUGGAACUCUCACAAACCUUUAUUUACCGUCCAGUUCUGGGGAAAAAAUGGCUAAUCUACACUCGAGUCACACGCUGUAUUGUCACUUGAGAUCCUGUUCCAGGAAGAGAAAAGACCUGGGUUUAAGAGAUCAUGGAAGCGCCCGAAGGCCUGGGAGUCAGCCGGGACAUUCAUGCUGAGAAUGCGACUCUUGAUCUGGAGCGCAGAGAGCACCAGGCGGGCUGGGUGAGAGUGAGGGUUGAGGAGAGCUGGUUCACUGUGGAGCGUGCCUUGCUAGCGAGGCACAGCAGCUACUUCUGUGCUCUCUUUCACUCUGGGAUGAUAGAAACUCAACAGGACGUGCUCCACCUGAAGGGAGGAGUGCAUGCAAGGGGUUUCCUCAUUGCCCUUGCUGUGUGCAGGGGAGAGGUUCCCACUAUCAGUGACCCGGAUGAGCUCGUAGAAGCUGUAGAGUGUGCUGCUUUUCUGCAGGUGGGGUGUUUGGUGCAGCAUCUUUGUGACAUUAUUGACUCAGACAACUGCCUCUUGCUUUACCAUGCAGCCUCCAUCUAUGGGGUGCAUGCACUCUUUCACAGUGCUGCUCUGUUCCUUUGCGAUGCUUUUGAGGAUUUGAAGGAAGCAGCAGAGAGUACGAUUCCUGAAGACCUUCUUCAAUAUUCUCAAACAUUGUCUCCUGCUUCUUAUAUUGCUAUAGGCACACACUCGCCUUCGAUGGAAAUGCUACACGACUCAUUUAGGGUUGUUUGUUACCUUGAUGAAAAAGAAGGAGAGUGGAAGCAUCUGACGAACCUCCCAACGCUCUGUAGCACAUCAAUGGCUGGAGUGGCGGUGCUUGACAAUCGCUUAUACAUUGUGGGGGGAGUUUACGGUUAUGGGAAGGACACAGUGGACAGCAGCUUCUGCUAUAACCCCGAGUCGGGGAUUUGGACAGCUCUUCCAGGUCCCCAGCAACCAAGAUAUGACUUCACACUGCUGGGAUAUAAUGGUCGACUCUAUGCAGUUGGUGGAGAAUACCAAAAACAGACCAUUUCCACUGCAGAGAGCUAUGACAUUGAGAAGGGAGAGUGGACUUUUAUAAAACAUGCACCAAGACCCUUAGCAUCUGCUGCUUGUGCUGUUGCAAGGCGGCGGAUGUUUGUUUGCUUCUGGAAACCACCAGACACAACAGAUAUCUACGAGUACCUACCACUGACAGACGAGUGGAAACUUGCAACCACAAUGAUCAAACCACAAAGCUAUGGCCACUGUAUGGUGGCUCACAGGGACAAUUUGUAUGUGAUGCGCAACGGGCCGUGUGACGACUUCUUGCGCUGUCUGAUGGACUGCUACAACAUUACGACGGGCCAGUGGACAGCCAUGCCGGGACACUACAUUAACAGCAAGGGGGCGCUGUUUACUGCAAUGAUAAGGGGCGACUCGGUGUUCACGGUGAAACACAUGCUAACUCUUGAAUACACCAUCACUGGAAAUGGAUGGAAGCCUCGCAGGCAGAUGAAGGGGUUUCCAAAGAGUGGUUCACUGUGGACGUGUUUACUCAGGCUUCCCAAGACGGGACCAGUUAUACCACAGCUGGAUGGACAAGGGAAGGAAGGAAAAAUGACUUUGACAGACACAUCUGAGGGAUUUGUGGAAGCUAUACUACAACUGUAAAAUUACUGCUAAGCUGAAAAACAAUGGCAUGUUUUUUAGGGUUUCUAAACUAGAAUAUAAGUCUAAGAAUAUUGACCCAGAUUUCAUACUGACACAAAUGCUCUUCAUUUGAGUGCCUUCACUUUCACAAGCACUCACACUUGUACAGUAGACACACACAUGCACACGUGCUGACACUAAGGAUUUGUUCUGAUUAGCAACAGCUGCUACCGUAGUUUAUGUUAGGGGAGGCCACUGUGUGUGUCUGUGUGCAAAGUUCAAAGGCACUGACGGGAUGUUCUAAACCUCUCAUUCUCUACGUUUUUCCUGAAGUCACACUGGGCCAAUUCAGGAGCCACCGGCCUCCCAGUCAACAUAAAACACACCACAGCACUCUCACACACUCUUGGAUACUCACUUCCACAGGUUUGUUGCCCCAUGAGUAGUAUAAAUACCUGUGUCUGUGGGAGAAUAUAUUUCACAUUGCCUCAGGCUUGUAACUCUGAGGGUUGUGGGAAAUGUUUUUGGCUUGUAUGACCACAGACUGCAUGUGUUUUAGUAUAUUAAAAACCAAUGCAAUCCUCUGGCAACAUGUGAUAUUAAUCCAUAGGACUUUGUUUUGCCUACUUACAGUGCCUAGUCAUAAUAAUUUGCUUACAGUAACAAAAGACCAAAAUAAUGUCAAUUACAUUUAAAGUUGGAAUUUGUCUUUGGGCUCCUUCAGCAUACCGUUGAAUAUCAUGAUUUCCACUGAACUUUCCCAUGUACUUUGUUGAGUUCAGCAGCCCUAUUGGGGUCAAUUAUGCUAUUACCAUUCCCACCACAGUGGCAGGGACUCAAAACGCUGUGUGUGUGUUAAGCCAAAUCAUUUUACAUGUUAAUCCACUCUGAUGGAAUCGAGCUGGUAAUCACUUACUGUUCUGGGAGGCGGCAGGUCGGGAAGGCUCUUUUGCGGGACAGGGACAUAUUUUGCUCCUUUUCCGUUGACCAGGGCAUCUGAUCUGUCAUCUGGGUCACGAAAAUAUAGAGUGGGAGGUCAGUGAAUAACAGAAAUCUUUAUGUGUACAUUUAUGUGAUUAUGUGAUUGCUGUGAAAUGAAUGUACAGGAAUUGGGGAUAAAUGAAAGAACUGGUUCAUCAUAUUCGGUCAGUUUUUAUUCAACACUGUUUCCAGAUGUCCAGAUGUCUCCUAUAUAUAUAUAUAUAUAUAUAUAUAUGUAUCAGUGUUUCCUGGUAUCCCUAACUCUUGCUGUGAGCACAGACCCUUCAUUGUUAGAUUACAGUGACCACAUAACCUAAAUCAAGGGGAAGCAACUGUAUGGUAGCAACAACCCUAUUACACAAAACACACACCACAGUACAGGAUCAAGAAAAUUGAAGACUUUGCAUGGGAUACGUUUUUCAGUGGAUUAGCCCAUUCACUAACAAUAGCCAGGGUUUAAUAUACAUCAGGGGUUUCUCAAUCUUUCUGGCUCGUGCCUGCCAGGAAACAAGGGCAAACACCAAACCUAUUUCAGACCAUGUAAAUAUAAGGUGUUAAUCAUUGAGAAGCGCUGAACAGCAGAUUGAGUAACCUUUGAGUCAGGCUUUAAGUUCUGCUGGCUUUAGUUAAAUAUUUAGCAAAGAGAUAUGAGAGUAGCAUCAAUUUUAUUUGCAAGAAAGCAAAUAAGCAUAUAACUGCUUUCUAAUCUUGUUAUCCACAACCUUUUGGGGAGGAGAGGUGGGCCGGACACCCAGGUUGGAAUGAUGAGAGUUUCACUGCCAAUACUAUUGACUAGGCCAUUGUGUACCACUUCCUCUAUCCUCAGACCUUUUGCCUAGUUUCUGUUUGAAUAGUGAUAUGUGGAUCAACAUAAACAUAGAAGGGCAGAGUCACUUUACACAUAUUCUCUAUGAAAGUUCUCAGUGUAUGUUUCUCUGGGCCAAACAUGAACUUAGCUACAGAAUCUGGACAUGUGACCCUCAUGACUUUGUUGCUCAGGUCAUUAAGAAAAAGCUGUUUUGUGUCAUCAUGAAGAUGGUGAACAAGCUGAACUGAAUUACAUCUGUCAGUAUUCAGUAGUGAAAUUACUGCAGCGAAGAUAACUGUCUUUUUUGAUUAACAAUGUUUUACAACAUUAAAGCCUAAAAUGUC